AGAGGGUCGUGCCCGACGCCUAUGUGCAAGUGCAGUGAUGAAUCUCUUGUGUAGCUGAAGUGCAGACCAGUUGGAAUAUGCUGCAGACAAUUUACGAGAGUGAAUCGUGUUUUUCCUCAGAUGGGGUUUCUGGACGUGAACAGCUCUUGGCUCAGCAAAGAAUGCACAGUAUGAUCAGCUCAGUGGAUGUGAAGUCGGAGGUUCCCGUGGGCCUGGAGCCGAUCUCUCCGUUAGACUUGCGGACGGAUCUCAGGAUGAUGGUUCCCAUGGUGGACCCGAUUAUGCGCGAAAAGCAGCUACAGCAGGAGCUGCUCCUGAUCCAGCAGCAGCAGCAGAUUCAGAAACAGCUGCUCAUUGCAGAGUUCCAGAAGCAGCAUGAAAACCUGACCCGCCAGCAUCAGGCCCAGCUCCAGGAGCACAUUAAGUUACAACAGGAACUACUAGCCAUUAAACAACAGCAAGAACUCCUUGAAAAAGAGCAGAAACUGGAGCAGCAAAGACAAGAGCAGGAACUGGAGAGGCAUCGCAGGGAGCAACAGCUUCCUCCCCUCCGAGGCAAAGAAAGAGGACGAGAAAGGGCAGUGGCCAGUACAGAAGUGAAGCAGAAACUUCAAGAGUUCCUGUUAAGUAAAUCAGCUACAAAAGACUCUCCAGCAAAUGGGAAGAAUCAUUCCAUGAGCCGUCACCCCAAGCUCUGGUACACGGCUGCCCACCAUACCUCACUGGAUCAAAGCUCUCCACCCCUGAGUGGGGCCUCGCCACCAUACAAAUAUACUUUACCAGGAGCACAGGAUGCUAAGGAUGAUUUUCCACUUCGUAAAACGGCUUCAGAGCCCAAUUUGAAGGUACGUUCAAGAUUAAAACAAAAGGUGACAGAAAGGAGAAGCAGUCCUUUGCUCAGGAGGAAGGAUGGAAACGUCAGUUCAUUCAAGAAGCGUCUUUUCGAGGUGACAGAAUCCUCAGUCAGUAGCAGCUCCCCUGGAUCAGGUCCCAGUUCCCCAAGCAAUGGUCCGACCAGCAGUGCAACAGAAAAUGAAACCUCAGUUUUGCCAUCUAACAUUCAAGCUGAGCACCUGGUUUCCCAGCAACGCCUUUUGAUACAGGAUGAAUCAGUGAACUUGUUGAGUCUGUACACAUCCCCUUCUCUGCCCAACAUUACCUUGGGACUUCCAGCAAUACAACCUCAAAUCAGUGCUUCGUCGUCAUUCAAAGAAAAGCAGAAGGGGGAGACCCCACCACUUAGACAAGGAGUGGCCUUGGCUGGACAGUAUGGAGGAAACAUUCCUCCAUCAUCACCUCAUCCUCACAUUGCUAUGGAGGGAAAGCCAAACAGCAGCCACCAAGCUCUCUUGCAGCAUCUGUUACUGAAAGAACAAAUGAGACAGCAAAAACUUCUUGUGACUGGAGCGGUUCCUCUUCAUCCACAGUCUCCUUUAGCAGCAAAGGAGAGAGUCUCACCUGGCAUAAGAGCUUCCCACAAACUGCCUCGUCACAGGCCACUGAACAGAACCCAGUCUGCUCCUCUUCCUCAGAGUACUUUGGCCCAGCUGGUCAUCCAGCAGCAACAUCAGCAAUUUUUGGAAAAGCAGAAACAGUACCAACAGCAGAUCCACAUGAAUAAGAUGCUCUCUAAGUCCAUUGAGCAGCUUAAGCAGCCUGGCAGUCACCUGGAGGAAGCUGAAGAAGAGCUUCAUGGAGAUCACUCAAUGCAGGAAGAGCAAGCUCCCGCCAGCAGUGCCAGCGUUAGGGCUGAGAGCAGCAGUGCUGGUGUGGAUGACAGAAUAGGACAGCAGGUGGGGGCUGUGAAAGUCAAAGAGGAGCCACUGGACAGUGAUGAGGAUGUUCAAACCCAGCAAAUGGAAUCUGGGGAGCAAGCUGCUUUUAUGCAACAGGAGUUCCUGGCACAUCAGCAUGUCCACCAGUUGCAAAUCUACCAGGCUCAGAUGGCUACAGUUGGCAUGGCAGGAUCAGAUAAACAUCGGCCACUUUCCAGGACCCCAUCUUCCCCCACCGACUCCACAUUACCUCACCCAGACAUGGACCAGCCCAGCCAGCAUGUCUACACAACUGGUGUUGUGUAUGACAGUCUGAUGCUGAAGCACCAGUGCAUGUGUGGGAACUAUGCCAAUCACCCCGAACACGCUGGACGAAUCCAAAGCAUCUGGUCAAGGCUGCAAGAAACUGGGUUGCUAAACAAGUGCGAGCGAAUUCGAGGUCGAAAAGCCAGUCUGGAGGAAAUACAGCUGGUUCACUCUGAACAUCAUUCACUGCUGUAUGGCACCAGCCCACUGAACAGACAGAAGCUGGACCCCAGGAAACUCCUAGGAAACGUGUCUCAAAAACUCUUUUCCUUGUUGCCUUGUGGGGGACUUGGGGUGGACAGUGACACCGUUUGGAACGAGCUGCACUCGGCCGGCGCGGCACGCAUGGCGGUGGGCUGUGUCAUCGAGCUGGCGGCCCGCGUGGCCUCCCGGGAGCUGAAGAAUGGCUUUGCUGUUGUAAGGCCCCCAGGCCAUCAUGCUGAAGAAUCAACAGCCAUGGGGUUCUGCUUUUUUAAUUCGAUUGCAAUUACUGCCAAAUACUUGAGAGACAAGCUAAAUAUAGGCAAGAUAUUGAUUGUAGAUCUGGAUGUUCACCAUGGCAACGGUACACAGCAGGCUUUUUAUGCUGACCCCAGCAUCCUGUAUGUUUCCCUCCAUCGCUAUGAUGAAGGCAACUUCUUCCCCGGCAGUGGAGCCCCAAAUGAGGUUGGAAGUGGCCCUGGUGAAGGGUAUAAUAUAAAUAUUGCUUGGACAGGUGGCUUGGAUCCUCCUAUGGGUGAUGUUGAGUAUCUCACAGCGUUCAGGACUGUGAUCAUGCCAGCUGCCAACGAGUUUGAUCCAGAAAUUGUCCUGGUGUCAGCAGGAUUCGAUGCUGUGGAAGGCCACGACCCUCCGCUGGGCGGGUACAAAGUCACGGCUAAAUGUUUUGGUCACCUAACCAAGCAAUUGCUGAAGCUGGCAGACGGCCGCGUGGUGCUGGCACUGGAGGGAGGACAUGACCUUACUGCCAUCUGUGAUGCCUCUGAAGCCUGUAUAAAUGCCCUCCUAGGAAAUGAGCUGGAGCCUCUCCCGGAAGAUAUUGUGCACCAAAUCCCCAAUAUGAAUGCAAUAGCUUCUUUAAAAAAGACCACUGAAAUUCAAAGCAAGUACUGGAAGUCAGUGGAGCCAUACUCUGUGCCAGUGGAUUGUGCUCUGGCUGAGUCUCAGAAGCAAGAGAGGGAGGAGACAGAAACAGUAUCAGCUAUGGCCUCUCUUUCAGUGGAUGUUGAGCAGUGUAUUCCUCAGGAAGGCAGCAGAGCUGCUGGCGAGCCCAUGGAAGAAGAGCCAGCCUUGUGAAGUGCCAAGUCCUCCCUGAUAUUUCCUGUGGGUGACAUCAUUGUGUAUCCCCCAAAGCACCCUCAGACAUGUCUUGUCUGCUUCUUGGGUGGCACAGAUCAGAUGGAACAUAAACACUGGGCACAAAACUCAGAGUAGCAGCUUCACUUGUUCUUUGGAUGGACUUGAAAGAGCCUGAAAGAUUCCUUAAAUGUAACCGCCACAAUUCUAGAGUUACAGAAAAAGGGACUUGGGAGAAAGAGCCCAGAGCAUGCUUUUUUAAUGCUGUUUGACCCACUCACCAACACAAAUUGUGAAAUAGAGUAUUGCAAAAUUCUACAUGAUAGAUUAUAGAUAUGAGAAAUACAACAGCCAGCAACAUACUCUGUGAACUCCGUGAAUCACUUUCUGACACUUUUUACUGGAUAAUUUUUUUCAUACCGUGUUAAAUUGUUAAUAGAAUUUGUUUUCUUUGCUCCGUGUAAUGAAGAAAAAAAACCCCACCCUUAUUUUAUGUGCCAUUUUUUAACCUCCUGUAAUGAAUUCUUAGCUGAAUAAGUGAAAAGCGUUUAAAUUAUGAUGAGGGAUUUUAGCUAAAGGGAAAGCACUUCUUAUUGUACUAUAAAUCCCCUGAAGUACUGUGCUUGGUGGUGCUUUAUUUUCCCUUCCCUAUUCCUGGCCAUCCCUCUCCAUUUCAUGUGAACUUUUCUAUCAUAAAAACACAUUCACGAUUCUCUAAAAUUAUCUUUUGCCUUCAAGAAAAAGUGCUGUACCCUCUGUAGUUGACAGUAGCGCUCACCAUAUGUGCAGCAGAGAUCAAGUAUGGAUAGUUUUUCAAACGUGUUUUUGGUUUGUUCUGAAAUGUUUCUGCGUUCUGACUCCAAAGCAGCGACCUUCAGUAACUGCGUGCAGCUCAUUUGGAGCUCAGGUGUUUCUGUGGAGGUUGUGUGGGAGUGUUUUUUACAGGUCGUGUUGUGAAUACCAACUGAUUCUUUUAUGUAGUCCUGCACCAAGAGAACUGAUGUUGCUUAAGAAGCUUCAAAGGGUUUAGGCUUUAUUUUAGAUCCCCGAAGUGCAGCAAGAUCUCCCUGCAAUGUGACUUUAGCUGUUAAAUUCCAUGUUUGAGAACGUAACAUAGAGUUGUGCCUUUAGCUGAAAAUGAACGCUUAAACUGUUACACGUGUUGCCUUACUGUCAGAGAGAGAGAGAGAGAUGGGGCAUGUAUGUAAGAGUACUUCAAAUGAACAAAACUCUGCUACAGUAACUUUUAUUUUGUUUACAACUUUCUCACCUAAUGAACCCCAGGAGAUACCUGGAAGUAUUCAGCUUGCAGUAUUUGAUAGCUUGCUCAGCUUUUAAAAGCAAGCGAUGUUCAUUUUUUGUAUAUUUGCCAAAUUCAAAAAGGAAAAAAAAAGAAAAGGAUAUAUAUUAAAGCCAUAAGUGAAGACUGUCAUGCUUUUUAUUCUGAAAUCUGAAAGGAACCUUAAUUAAAACAAGAUUUUGGGGAAGGCCAUGAUAUGAAAGAUAUGGAACAAUAUGGUUUCAGUUAUAGGCAGACUCAAACCUGUAAAUCAAAGAUGAAAGAUUUCACUCAAAUAGAAUUAUAUAAUUCUCUUUUGUUAUGCAGUCAGACUAUAUCUUUCAUGCAUUUGGGUUUGUUUACGAUUAGCAUUUUAAUUUUAAAGACUUUUAUUACUUAUACCAAAGCUCUCCACUACAAGUUAGAAAUCUGAGGCAUGCUUUGAAAAGGGAAAUCUAAAAAAAGGGAUGUCAUUUCCUAUAAUGUGAAGUAAACUUUUAUUCUGAAAGGUUUACUCUGGAAUGAAUGUAUACCCCUUAGAAAGGGAAAUAAAAUUCUGACCCUCAGAAAGUGAAAUAAAAUUCUACCCCCCAUUUACAAGCCAAAACCAUGCUCAUUUUAGUAAUGCAAAGAGUCCCAUCAGGCUAAAUUAACUCCUGGUGUAAGCCACCUUGCCUGACUCGGGGCUGUUUUGAAGGGGUUGUUCACAUGACUAAAGCAAUCAGAAGUUCCUCCUGCAUUUUCAGCAGACUUCUGAUGGCAAUCUUACUUGCCAUUUACUGCAAUUUUGUUAUGGUCAUCAAAGAAAAUUCACCUCAAGGAAACCAAGGGCUAUAGCUGAUGAGUUGGGUAAUUUGUAGAGCUUUUCACAUUUUGAAAUCAUGGCUGAAAAAUUUUAAUUGAGUGCAUAGUAACAUUUUAAAAUUAACCCUAAAAUCUGUUUGUGUCCUUAGUUUGCAUAAACUUGCAUAUGAAUUGCAACCUGAAAUGUGAGUUACAAGCUUUUCCAAUCAAAGUAUGUCUUCUGGGGUGCAAAUCAGCUAAAGCUGUCUUUUUUAGCUGAAAAUGCUUUUAAAAUGCCAGAGUAAUUUGAAUUAAACCACAUGAUAAACUCACACUUACACAUUUGUACAGAUGUAGUCCCAGGCAGAUAUCUAGACGUGCUGCUGGUUGAAGUUAGGAUCGUUUGGAUAAACAAGUGUGCUAAUAAACUGCACACAGAUUGUGUCCAGAACUCUGUUCUGACUGAAGUCAACAGCAAAGUCCUCUUUGAUUUCGAUGGGAGAUGGAUCAGCCCCUGCUUUUCUUUUCCCCUUUAAGUCAAGAACACCAUUGCUUUUUGAUUAUGUCAUUCCUAGGCAUCUUACAGCCCUCUGGGAAAUGAUUGAGGCUUAUGGUGAAUAUCAACACUUCCUUCAAAGCAGACCUGGGCUUUCUGAGAGGGCAGUUUCACUUGCUGCUGUUUUCUUCUCACAGUAUUUUUUAUUACUGUCAAUAGCUCCCUAUGGACUGGAGUUAAAAUAUCUUCCAGCAAUUUUAGUCAUAGUUCUAGGGAAAUAUUCACAUAGACACUCUUAAAAACUGCCCAGUUUUAACUGGAUUCAACAACAGAUUGCAAGAAUUUCAGAAAGAUGCAUGAAUUGUGUGUUUCAAAUGUAAAAAUUCUCAUUUUCCAUGAGACUUUGAUGUCUCCCAGGAGACAUCAAAGUCUCAUGUCUCCCACAGACCUUUCCCACUACUCUAGAGAGAUUGACACCUUUGAAAAUUUAGCCCCAGAUAUUUCAAGUUGGCUGCCAAAAUAUCUAUGUCUGAGCUUAGAUUACAUCUAAAACUGAGCUGAAAUGCAUAAACAAGAUGGGAUGAGAGUGGUUUCUGUGUGUGAUUCCAUGGGGAAGGUGAAGCUGAGAAGGCAGCAGGGAGCACUCGGAGCCAGGGUGACCUUCUGCCUGGUCCUGGUGGUACAAGGGCUGCAGGCAGGCAGAAGGACAUCCCACAGUACCUCCACCCCAGGCUGCCAUUGCCAUUGGCAGCAAAUCUCUGCCUCAUGGGGGAAUCCUGAAUUUGUGCUCUGCCCCUGCACCAAUGGCCAACCACCAGAAAGAGAGAUGCCUCAGCAGCAACUCCCAGUAAAAUGCUUGCUCCAGUUCAUUUUCUUCUCUAGCAUUAGGAAUGAAGAAUUAAGCUCAGUUGAGUUUUUCUUGUAUUACUAUGCUUUUCUCAUACUUUUCUUGUAUUCUUAGGUCCUUCAGUUCAUAGUACAAACUGAAACCUAAAAAGAGACAUGACUCAGGAGAUCAAGAAAAUAAUUUUUUUAUCCAGCUUAAGGCUCUUACCUGGGCUGGAGUAAGAACAGUGAUGAGCAGCAAAUCUCAGAACUGCUGAAAUCUUCAUGAGUGUCUUGCACUUCAUUUUUGGACUCUGUGGAGGAAUCCUGUAUAUGCUCAUUUGGUUUUAAUAUAAUUUGCAGCUUGAUUAUAUGAUCUCUUUUCAGGCAACAUUUCUAGGGGGUAAUCAAAGUUUUUGGGAAUUUUGCCAGUGUAAAGAUGACAGAAUUAUUCCCUUUUUUUAACCUUCCUAAUUUUUCUUUCAGUGCAAAUGAAGCAACUAAUUCCAAGUAAGUGAAUCUGAGAAAAGUAAAAUCAUUAAGCUAUCUUAAAUAAAUAUCAUAAAAGAAAUGGAAAAUUUUAUGCAAAUAAAGAUGGCUAUGCCUUUACUUUGCAAAAAUGUCAACAACAUGCUGCAGGCUGAAUAUAAGUGGCAAAACAAGCUUCUCUCUAUUUUAGUUGGUGUCUUAUCUAUGUGCAGCCUCUCUGAAAAGCUGAGAGUCAUAACCGGAGAUGAAAUAUUAGAAAGGUUUUGCUGCAGCCAACACCAGAGGUCCUGUAGAGAACAAGAAUGUAGAGACUGACUAAUUUUUGUAGACAGACAGCAGGACACUUUCAGGGCAAUGUGUCUGGGACAAAGAAUUAGAGGGAACUUUUCCAAAGGCACUGAUGGCUGUAAAACAACUAACUCCUGUUAGCUUGCAGGGGCAAGGAGGUGCUCAGCAAGCACCUAUUCUUUGGGACAUGUCCCCUCUGUCCCACCAGCAUGCCCAGACUCAUGCAGAUGUGAACCUGGCUUGGCUGUUUUCUCUCCUAAGCAGCAGCAGCAGCAGCACCAGCAGCACCAGCAGCCGCAGCAGCAACAGCCACCAUGUGUGCUGUGUGUACUGUGCAUUUGCCCAAGAAGUUCUUAGCCCCCAGCAGACACUUCAUAACAUGACUGAUAGGGGAAUUUUUUUUUCCUCAAUAGUGGCCUUUCCAGAAGCAUAGCAGUGCAUGGUUGUUUUAUUUUUAAAGGUCACAAUAGAGCUUUGUGAGCCAUUAUACUUUUUUUUUUUUACAGACUCCAUGUGGAAGUAAAACAGAAUAUGUACCUGGGGAGGGGGGAUGUGGUGUGUGGAACCUGCCACAGGAAAGGAUCUCUCUUAAAUCAAGUUGCUGCUACUUGCUUUUUAUCCUGGAUUUGAAGGAGUUUGGGUUCUAAAUUGUCAUUUAAGAUCUUUCUUUGUCAUGUCACUUGCUUUGUUUUUGUACCUGUAAUUGAAUUCACUCUUGUAACACAUAGAAAACCAUCUGAAAAAAGUCUGGUUUCUGACAGAUUCCCUGCUCUUGGUGUGGGAAUGAGAAUAGCUUAUCUUUGCCACUUCUCGCAGCAAUUAAAUGCUUCAUUUUUGUAACAGAUCCAAACUGCAGCAGUAUUUUAAGAGUACUAUUUAGCUGGCUGUCUGCUGACUGUUAAAAAAAGAAAUUGUGAAACUUACAUUCCUCUCUAACCUCAAAAGAAACCCAUUUUGAUUUUAACAAUGUCAUUUUUUCACUUGAUCCGAAAGGGUUUUGUCCCAUGAGAUCUUGUUACUAGCUCAGUUCUAAUCACUAGUAAAUCACACACUACACAAAGUGAAGACCAAAAAGGAUGGAUGUUCCAGCAACUCUCAGUUAUGCCUCUUCUGCACAAUCCUUCAUCCUGCUCCAGUGCCAUGCUCUGUGGUUAAGAAUGUUAGCAUAGAUUACAGCAAAAUAUAAAUUGUUCUGCACCAUCAAAGAUACUGCUCUUUGGAUGUCAAUUAGCACUCUGUGAGCUGGGCUGUCAUUUAUAAGGGCUGUGAUUUGUGACAAAGACAUGCUUCUGUGGGGAUGGUCUAAAGACAAGUGAUGCAUGCAAGCAGUGGCACUGGUGCUCUGUGGUCAGAAGGAUUCUGUGCCAAGAUCUCCACACAUUACCCCUUUUUCUCCAAUGCCUGCAUGGUCAGAGGCACAUUUGCAGUAGCAGAGCCAUGGGAUGUCCUGAUUCAAAGACCGCUUAAAUCCCUCUAACAGGCUUUGGGUAAUUGGGAGGCAGCUAGAGGAGGAACCCAAACUCUGCACUCAGCCACACAAAUCUAUAUAAAAAGCCCAGGUAAAAGAUUUGAGGUUUCCCCCACAUAAUUUUUUUCUGAUAUGAAGUGCCAGUUCUGCACCUAGAAAAGUCUGUCUGAAGGAAAAUUGACUCUGCUGGAUCUAUUCUGCCGGCUUCCUGAGCAUGUAUACGUCAUGUGUUAGGGGAACAGGUUCAUACUCAUGUCUCUUGCUGCUUAGUUGACUGCUAUUUUAAAUUUCAUGAUUGGCUUAAUAUUCCAAGUUAGGAUGCAGUUGGAAAGCAUAAAGCAAUACCUGGUGAAGUCAUAACUGAGGCUUUCAAAGCAAGCUUACUGCCAUGGGUUUUUACAAGACUGACUUUUCGGUCUAGGGAUACACAGCUGAAAUGUCUAUUUUUUUUCGUAGGAAAUUGAUGUUGCUAUCUGUUUCCAUGAUAAAAACCAGUCCUUUUGCUCAGAGUUCUGAAAGUUUACCUGUAAUUUGUCUUUCCAGGCAGAGUAGAUUCUAAAGGAUAAAGCAUCAGUGGGACUGACCCAAAGGGCAACAUUUUUAAAGGUCGAUAGUAAUAUUUCCAUAAGAGUAAAAGGAACCAUUGUUAUUAUUCCUGAUACAUUUUUGUAUCUGCAAGUAUCCAAUGAGUAACAUUAAGUAAUAUUGUGCUCCAGAACUUUGUUGAUUAUAGAUAUAUGAGCAUUGGAUUGGCGUGAAAUAGUCUUCAAGUUGUUAAAAUCCCUUUUGUUUUGUGUUUUGUAUAAUUCUUUGGCUAUAGUCUUGUCCUAGUGUUAAUAAAAGCUAUUUGAAGUAAGCUAGUUCAA